AUGGCACCCAAAAAGGGUUCUGGGACCGGGAAGAAACCCUCCUCAAAAAAGUCGACCCCCACGGUCCCAGAUAGUGAGCACAUUGUGUUCACUAACAAGCAGACUGAAAAAAAGAAAAGAGAUGAAAAGGAACCCGAAGGCCCGCCGCGGCCGGACGCACGGAAGAUCAUAGGAGGCGCAUCUUGGACGGGCAAGCUACCUAUGAACUUCUUGUCAGAGCACUGCCAGCGCCAGAAAUGGAACAAACCAGAAUAUCAAGGCCGCCAGCUACCGACCAGUGCCAACGGUGAGAGCUUGCAUAGAUCCUGGGUUGUGUUGUCCAAGACAGAUCCCAAGACCCGAGAACUCACGAAACUGCCUCCUUUUCAACUGCCAGCGACUCACGCCCAUCUUGCAGACCAGCCGUCUGCUCUUGAGGCACGCCACUUCGCUGCGACAUACGCAUUGUUCCGGGUGUGUAGCAUGAAAAACCUGGCUAUGACAUUGCCUCCAACUUACCGAGACCUUUGGAAAGGUGAAUUCCAACGACUCAAAGAUGAUGACGUCAAGGAAGGCCGGGCAUGGAAAUAUGAUGCCGACCCCUUCGCGGCGGACGCUAAGAGACACGACAUCAAGGGAGCCAUGGAGAAACGGAAACAGGAUCAGGCGACGCAGGCGCUCAAGCUUGACUCACUCAGCCUUGUGCAUCCCGCGUCUUCCAAUGCCAACUUGAAGGGGUGGGGUUAUGCACCAAGGAUCGAGUUAGGCGAGAAUGUCCGCUCACGUAUCGAAGCAAUGAUCAGAACACGAAGCAUUUGGAACCCACAUCAUUUGAGGAUAUCACAUGCAUCAAGAGCAUUGAUCGUGUCCGAUCUCUCCAAGUUUGGAUUUCAAACCAGUCACAUCGAGGAAGCCCUGAACUACUGUGGUAGCCGAGAGGAAGUUCUGGAGUGGCUGCUGACGCAUGUGCCUGAAGACUCUCUGCCUGCGUGGAGCUUCCCACCCGGCUAUAGUGCUGGAGUCAGUUUGGUGAACAGUGAUUUGGCGAUGGAUGCAAAAUUAAACCGGCUGGCUGAGGGUGGCUACUCGACUCAGCUUUGCAUCCAGGCUUUGCGCGACAAUGAUGGCGAUGAAGGGCUGGCUCUGGAAGCGCUUCAGGCACGCCUGGUGCCUCCGAGACCGGAAAGCCUGGAGUUUACCGCAUUAGAUGGGGAUAUCUGGGCCGAAGAAAUGACGACCCUAGAAGCCAUUCUCGACGAGCGAUUCACGUUGGAGGGGCCCAAUAAAUGCUCGAUUCAAGCAGACCAAACAUCCAACCUGCCGGCGGUAUUUCACUUUCGUCGCCCUAUCACCGGGUAUCCAGCAUCGUCCCCACCUGUGAUCUUGGUCGAAGCUCCCACGCUACCAAGUUAUGUCCGCCUGAGCAUUACAAAGAAGGCAAUCAUCCAUGCACAGGAGAACCUUCUUGGGGACCAGAUGAUAUUUAGCCUAUUGGAGUGGCUUGAAACUUCAAUACCGAGCAUCAUCGCAAACCCUGGCCGGCUGAGUGAUUUGGAAAUCGUAUCUCCUUCGCUGAAAGGUCAGCCUCAUAUCCCUGACACCGAGGCACAGCCUGCGGCACAUAGUGGCAGGACGAGAGAUCGAGCUCAUCUCAAAGAGGUGCGAUCCAACAAAGCGAUACUUGACGAAUGGACGAUCCGGCAACGCUCGGAGAGACAGGAGAAAAUGAACGCCGCCCGAAGGACACUUCCCGCAUGGUCUAAAAAAGCCGCUAUCAUCGAGGCAGUCAGUCGAGCUCAAGUUACACUCAUCACGGGCGAGACGGGUUCAGGAAAGAGUACACAAGCCAUCCAAUUCAUUCUGGACGAUGCCAUCCAGACCAUGAAGGGAGCUUCAACUAAUCUCAUCUGCACUCAACCAAGGCGGGUCGCUGCGCUGUCGCUCUCCGACCGUGUCAGUACAGAAAGAUGCACCAACGAAGGAGGUGAGGUUGGAUAUACCAUAAGAGGCGACUCCAAGGUGUGCUCGAGGACCAAAAUCACCUUCAUGACGACUGGUGUUCUUCUUCGCCAAUUGCAGAACUCGAAAGGCAUCAACUCUGCACUGGAAAAUGUCAGCCAUGUCUUUGUGGACGAAGUGCACGAACGGUCUCUGGACACAGACUUCCUACUGGCUUUACUGCGUGGGGCGAUGGCAGCACUUCCUCAACUCAAAAUUGUGCUGAUGAGUGCGACGCUCAACGCGGACACCUUUGCCGCAUAUUUUGGUGGUGAUAGUGUCGUGAGCAGAGUCCACAUCGAGGGCCGUACGUACCCGGUGCAGGAUUACUACCUUGAUGAUGUGGUACGCCUUUUAAACAAGGGAACUCGGCGGGGCACUGAUGACACAGAAAGCCCCUCUCAGCUAGAUGUCGGCAAGGCUAUCCAGAGCUUGGGAAUGGGCAUCAAUUACCAGCUGAUUGCAUCUCUAGUGCAUAGCAUUGAUGAACAACUGGGCGCUUCUACUGGAGGUAUCUUGAUAUUCAUGCCUGGCACAAUGGAGAUCGAUCGUUGCCUUAGGAUGCUGAGUGACUCGACAAAGAUCCACGGCCUACCGCUCCAUGCGUCUCUGACACCUGCUAACCAGCGGCUGGUCUUCAGAGCGGCGCCUCGCGGUAAACGGAAGGUAGUGGUGGCCACUAAUGUCGCAGAGACGUCGAUCACGAUCGAAGACAUUGUCGCUGUGAUCGACUCGGGGAAAGUCAAGGAGACACACUACGACCCCGUUUCAAACGUCGUCCGCCUUGAAGAGGUGUGGGCAUCCCAGGCGGCGUGCAAGCAACGGCGCGGUCGAGCCGGCAGAGUGCAAGCGGGAAAAUGCUACAAGUUGUUCACCAAGAAUGUUGAGGCCAGCAUGGCUCCCGCCGCCGCACCAGAAAUGCACCGGACACCGCUGGAGCAGCUUUGUCUCUCAGUCAAAGCGACCGGAUCGGACCGCAAUGUCGAAGAAUUCCUAGCUAGCACCAUCUCGCCACCCGAUAGUCGCGCCAUCGCUACGGCCAUGAAGACGCUGCGGCGGAUGGGAGCGUUGGAAGACGACAGCCUGACAGGUCUGGGAACGUAUUUGGCCAUGAUCCCCGCCGACCUCCGAUGCGCCAAGUUGCUGGUCUACGGCGUUCUGUUCGACUGCCUGGAGCCAUGCCUGACCGUCGCCGCAAUCCUGACUACGAAGAGCCCUUUCGCCUCUCCGAGGGACAAGCGCGAUGAAGCAAAGCAGGCGCGAACAUCGUUCCCCGUAUCCGACGGAGACUUGUUGCUUGACGGUGCUGCGUUCGAGCAGUGGAAAGACCUCUCUUCCAGUCUUGGAUACAGAGACCUGCAGGAGUGGUGUUCAGCCAAGUUUCUCUCGCAACAAACACUGCGCGAUAUCGACUCGACACGGCGCCAGCUGCUCGACUCCCUGAUUGAAACGGGUCUCCUGCCAGCCGGAUACCGCGCCGACUCUUCCUCGUCGCACAACCACAAUAGACGCAACACCAUGCUCCUCCGGGCCCUCAUCGCCGGCGCACUGAACCCGCAGAUCGCGCGCAUCCAGAUGCCAGACAAGAAGUACAUCGCAUCGAUGACGGGCGCCAAAGAACUUGACCCGGACGCCCGUACCAUCAAAUACUUCAAUGAAGAGAACGGGCGUGUUUUUGUGCAUCCGAGCAGCGUUCUAUUCGAUGCCCAGGGCUACUCCGGUGCGGCGGCGUUUGUGAGCUACUUUGCCAAAAUGGAGACGAGCAAGACCUUCAUCAGAGACCUUACACCCUUGAAUUCUUACGCGCUUCUGCUCUUUGGCGGACCUAUUGAGGUACAGACCUCUGGCGCAGGCAUCUUGGUGGAUGGCUGGCUGAAGUUGCGCGGAUGGGCUAGGAUCGGUGUCUUGGUCUCCAGGUUGCGGGCUCUUCUAGACGAGCAGCUGAGGAAGCGCAUCGACACGCCGAGCGCCGUGGGCGAUGACGGCGGGCUUUUCGACAUUGUGAGGCAUCUUGUCGAGUUGAACGGCCAGGAUAAAUGA